AUGGGUGUCGAUAUCGUCCAGCAAGAGAACAUCGAGCAGAUCUCCAUGGUGGGAGAGCAGAAACCCUCCAUACACAAGAUCGGCGAGGAGGUGCUUGACUCCCGUAUCCACGACGACCACGGUGACCCUCAUGGUGCUGCGCUAAACGAUGUAGACGCCGAUGGCAAAGUCAAAGCCACGACCUGGGCGGCAGUGUUCUUCCUCGGAAUCACGUACAUAUCGUCGCUCAGUUUCACGUUGAAUUCAUUCGCCUCCAUCGCGACCUCGGUGGCGAUGGAACUCCAGGGCAACCUCAACAACCUGAACUGGGUUAGCGGGGGUUUCUCCUUGGGCGGCAGCGUCGCCUUCGCCCUUGCCGGCGGCUUCAGCGACUACCUCGGCCGAAAGGAUGUCAUUGUCACCGGUCAAAUCUUCCUACUGAUCGGACACUUGGUUGGAGCCACGGCGCAGAGUUUCGAACAAAUCAUUGCCGCUAUGACGCUUCUGGGAGUUGGCACCGGGAUCACAUUUGUCAUCUAUGUGGGUAUCUCAGAGAUUCUACCCAAUAAGUGGCGAUCGUUCGGCAUGGCUACAACCGAGAUCAAUCUGACCGUGUUGGGCACAUUCGGCCCUCUAAUGGGUCGCGGUCUCACCCAAAACGCUACGUGGAGAUGGCUCUUCAUCCUAGGUGAGAUCGUUGGGCUCAUCGCCGUCGCGGGCACAAUUAUCUUCUACCGCCCUCCGCGCCGGAUUUUUCAGGAUCGCACAAAACGCCAAGUCCUGUACGAGUUGGACUACGUAGGGAUCUUCCUCUACACGGCUGGAGUGACAGUCUUUCUCCUUGGCUUGGGUUGGCCUGGGACCCGCUAUCCAUGGCGGAGCGCCGCCGUUAUCGUGCCAUUGACUAUCGGUGGUGUGUUGUUCCUGUGCACAUUCGCGUGGGACUUCUCUGGACGGGCGGCCAGACCGCUUUUCCCUUACCGGCUGUUCCGAAAAUUCAGAGAGUUCACUUCUCUGAUUAUCAUCAUGUUCUCUUCAGGUCUCGCGCACAUAGCGUUGACUACGUUCGUGCCGCAGCAGAUCGCGUACGUAUUCACAUCCAACCAAAUCACUGCCGGCUGGUACAAUGUCCCCACUGGAAUUGGUGCUCUCAUUGGGGGUGGCAUGCUAGGGGCUCUUGUUCCACAGAUAAAGCACAUCCCUUUACAACUGCUGGCUGCCAACGCUAUUCAAGCUCUCGGAUGCGGUCUUUUGGUUGUUGUCACUCCACACCGCAUUGCCGGAGGCCUGGUUAUCCAAGGCAUAGCAAAUAUUCCUUUCCCUUGGGUCAUGGUGAUCGGCUACAGCACGGUGGGCCUGCAUGUGCCUCAACGCGAUAUUGGCCUCGCAUACGGACUGCUUGGAGCGGUCCGUUAUCUUGGCGGAGCUGUGGGAAGUACCAUCUUCAACACGGUGCUCAACGACAGAGUGCCGAAAAGUGUCCCAAAGCGUGUCGUGGAAGCAGUCCGGCCGCUCGGAUUCCCCGUGGCAGAUGUGGGCAAGCUGAUUGCAGCCAUCUCAUCGAGGCAUUCUUCAGCCUUGGCGGGAUUCCCUGCUGAAGUGGUGGCAGCUGCAACAGAUGCGAUGCGCUGGGGAUAUAGCGAUGCCUUCAGAUAUGUUUGGUAUGCUUCUAUCCCAUUUUUCAUCAUCGCCUGUGUUGUCUCUCUCUUCGUUCUGGAUCCUUCGCCGUAUUUCACGAAGCACACCGCCGUCGAGACCGAGGAUGGGGACGUUGCAAGUCGUCUGAAGCAUGUCCGGGCUCAGGAUCACGGUCAUAGUCAGAGUCAUGAUUAUUGUCCCGAGAAGGCUACCAUCCAGGAGAAUUCCUGA